AUGGGCGACGUACUGUGCUUCGAGAUGGAGGCGGCCGGGCUAAUGGCCGAGUUCCCCUGUAUCAUCAUUCGCGGCAUCUCCGACUAUCACGACCUUUACAAGAAUGACGAUUGGCAGCACUACACGGCUGCAACUGCCGGUGCGUGCACCAAGGAGCUGAUUCCCUACAUAGACCCGAUAGUGGUCCCUACUAUGUUUGCUGUGUCGGCACCUUACGUGGCGGUGAGUCGCGAUAAGCCGGUCGCUACUCUACACGGCACUGGCAUUCAACAUUCUGGCUCCGGGAAUUUUUCCGUCGGAAAUGAUCUGAACAUUGGGUGGCGACUAGGCGCUAGCAUAUGA